AUGGCCUUUGGAGACUCGAAUUCCUCAUCUGGGACGGAAUCCUCGAGGAAGAAUGCCCCAAUAAUGCCAAGUGCGAAGUCGAAUACCGUGGCGCCGACUAUCAGUGAUGACAAUCAUUUAGAGCUUGGUGAUAUGACACCUCCAGAAGAACCCGUAGAUGAUAUAAUGCAACUCGCUCGAAAAGGAGACAUUCAAUCGAUAGAGAAGCUAUUCGAUAAUGGUACUUUCGAGGCUACAUAUUGCGAUGGCGAGGGCAUAACACCUUUACAUUGGGCAGCUAUUAAUAACCAGUAUGCCAUGUGCCAAUUCCUUCUGAAAGCUGGCGCAGAUGUAAAUAAGAAAGGAGGGGAGUCUGUAGCUACAGCGGCGAUGUGGGCCGCCCAGAGAUGCCAUUAUUAUAUUGUUCACCUAUUAUUGGAAAAUGGGGCCGAUCCUCUGAUUACGGAUGUUCAAGGAUAUAAUAUUCUUCAUCUUGCUACAUUCGAAGGCAACAUCUUCCUACUUGUUCUUCUCUUACACCAAAACAUCAAUGUCGACGUACUCGAUACCCAGGGGCACACUUCUCUGAUGUGGGCUGCGUACAAGGGUUUACCGAAUUGUGUGGAUUUGUUUCUGAGAUGGGGCGCCGAUGUUCACGCUAUGGACGAAACUGGAUUUACCGCACUGCAUUGGGCGUUGGUGAAGGGAUCUCAGGGGUGCAUACAAAAGUUGAUUGAGUAUGGAGCAGACAGAUUCGCUGAAACCUCCACUGGCAAAACUCCAGCUAUCACAGCUCAAGAGAUGAAGACGGAGACAGUUUGGCACAAGGCACUGACAGAGAGUGGCUACAAUGAGGAUGCCAUGCCAGUCGUUGUCAGCUUCCCCAUGUCUUCGUGGCUGUUGAAGGAUAAGCGUGCAUUCAUGAACAAAUUCUUCUUUUUCUGGCCGUUCCUAAUUCUAUGGACUAUGAUCAUGAUCAGUAGUCACAUGGUAGUUUUUAUCGGUGUGCCUAUGUCUCUGUUUUUUGGGUAUUCUUUGCAAUGGUUGGCCCAACAGGUAUUAGAGUAUGCACCUUCGGAUAUGAGGCACUUACACAAAACGCCUUGGCUUGCAGGAAUCUUCGCUGCCACAUUAUUUUGGGUCGGAGUGAGAUGGUUGACAACCAUGUUACCAGCAACCUACGGGACUUAUCCGCUCUCGAACCUAUUGUUCUUCAUCUUUUACAGUCUUACUGGAUAUUUCUAUUUUUGUUCAAUGGUAUACGAACCAGGUCAUGUGCCAAAACUGGGUGGUCUAACUCAGCAGAAAGCUGUAAUUGAUGAAUUGUUGAGCCUAUGGAAAUUCGACGAGCAAAACUUUUGCGUUCAUUGCAUGGUUCGCCAACCUCUUAGAAGUAAACAUUGCAGGCGAUGUAACCGAUGCGUAGCGAAGCAUGACCAUCAUUGCCCUUGGAUCAACAAUUGCGUUGGUGUCAAUAACCAUAGGCAUUUCUUUCUUUACCUCGUAUGCUUGGAACUUGGAAUUAUCUUCAUAGUUAGAGUUGCUAUCGGAUACUUCGAAGGUUUCGUUGGGAAAGGCGAGCAGGAGUGCAACAUUCUUUCGCCUGCACUGUGCGGGAUUGUUAAUUCAGAUCCUUACACAUUAGUUUUGGUAUUAUGGGCAAUCUUGCAAUUAACAUGGGUUACUAUGUUACUCUUUGUUCAAUUGAUACAGAUAUCAAGAGCAAUGACGACCUGGGAGAAUAUGCGCGGCACACACUCUGGAGGCAAAGCUUCCCAAGCGAUUACCAAUGCUUUAACCACUGGUGCUACAUCACGAGCCGGCGGCCAAGUCGGAAACGCUGGGCUCGGUCCCGAUCCCGCUCUACCACCAACCCACGCACCAGGCGGCCACCAUCAUGCCCACAAAGCCGGCUGUUUCGCCCAAUGGAAAAAGAUCCUCGGCGUUGACACAUUCGUCGAAACUGCAUUCCACGGCUACGAAGGAAGCAAAAAUCGCCGUCGGGCACCUCAAAACCCCUUUUCCCGCGGCUGUAUCCGCAAUUGUAAGGAUUUUUGGUGUGAUACGGCACCAGUUUUUGGGAAGAGAGAGAAUGGUGCCGCGAUGUUGGGCGGACAGGUCGUCAAUUAUACGAAGAUGUAUGAGACGCCGUCGAGAAUGGAGAUGAGGAGGGGUGGGGAUGAUGCGGGGGCUUACGAGAGUGUGGCGGCGGAUGAGGCGGUUUAA